AUGUCUCGAGUGCCACGCUCUCGUUCGGCGCCUGACAGACUACUGACCUCGCUCGCCGCUCCGCAGGUCAUCGGCCUCCUCCUCACGUUCAAGACCAACAGCGCGUUCGGCAGCUACUCUGAAGGACGCCGCCUGUGGUCGUCCGUCAUCCUCGCUUCGCGCACGUUUGCCCGCAUGGCCUGGCUCCACUGCCCAGAUCAGCUUCACGUCCCCGCCGACCCGUCGACCUCGAUCUCGCACGCCGAGCGCGCCGAGGCCCUCGCCGAGAAGCGCACCUACAUCAACCUCGUCGCCGCCUUUUCGGUCGCGCUCAAGCACUACGUGCGCGGCGAGCCAGGCGUCCACUACACCGACCUGUGGCCCCUCGUCGCGUUCCUCCCGCGGUACCACAAGCUCCCGUCCGAGGCGCACAGCCGCACGCCGCUGUUCCCGCCGCUGUCGUCGACGUCGCCGGUGCAGCCGCGCACCGCCUCGCCGAGCGUCAAGAAGCGCCGGAGCACGGCCGCGCUCGCCAUGGCGGUCGAGCGUGCGGCGCCGGGCCAGGGGCACGAGUUGCUGCCGGCGAGGAACCCGCCACCGCGGUACGUCCCACCGUUUUCUCACCUUCCUCUCCCUCGUCCGCGGUCCUCGCGAGCCCACCCCGGACCCGGCACUGACUCGCUCUCGCCACGUCACGCCCCGCCUCCCGGCAGCUCGAUCGACGACUUUGUCCCGUUCUACGACUUCUUCGCCGACGUGCUCCACUGGCUCGGGAGGAGGAGGAGGAGGAUGAGGAGGGAGAAGGGCAAAAAGGAGCCGCUGCAGACGAGGGAGGGGGGCGACAAUGUCCCGCUCGAGCUCAUCCUCCUCCUCUCGGGCUGGGUCGCCGCCCUGCAGCGCCGCAAGACGAUCGACGUCCCAACGAUCAACGCACUCCUCGGCGCGCUCCAAGCGCUGUCGGACGCCCUGACGGGCCUCGAACGCGUCCUGCUCACGCCCAUGCCGAUCGCCUACUCGCUCCACCUCCGUCAUGUCAUCUGGAUAUACCUCCUCUUGGCGCCGAGUCAACUUCACGAGACGCUUGGGUGGCUGACUGUCCCGGCAACCGCCAUCAUCUCGUUCGUCUUUCUCGGGCUCCUGCGCCUCGGCGACCAGAUCGAGAACCCGCUCGGGUACGACCCGUCGGACCUCGACCUCGAGUCGUUCACGCUCACAGUCCUGCGCGAGCUGCGCGAGCUCGUCGCGCACCCGGCGGGCGAGAGCGCGCCGGACGAGGUGCUGGCGGCGCUGAGGGAGGGCGCGAAGAAGGCCGCGGCGGUGGAGGCGGCGGGGAAGGAGGGCGAGGAGGGAGAGGGGAAGGACGGGGAGGGGGAGGGGGAGCAGGGGAGCGAGGGGGGCAAGGAGGAGAGGCUCGUUGAGGAGGAGGAGCGGCGCGAGUACGGCGAGGAGGGGUGGAGGCGGGUCUGA